AUGGAUCCUCGAAGACUGAAUCUUAAACUGAAGGCAACUUAUUUCACCCCGGAAUCUCAAGCGCAAACUCUACGCGUUCACUUCCGGCUAACCAACGUACUGGAGACAUUGAUAAACCGCAUGCAUGGCGCCUACAACUUGCAGGACACGCGCAUGUUGUCCCCGACCACGAUUUUCAACUUCGAUCUGCCGUAUUUUGACCGUCUCUCGCCACUCUCAGCCCACUGGUACAUUCUUUCCAUCCUCUCCGGUCAUAGGAUCGACCAACAAUUCUGCAACCAUAUAGCGACAGAAAUCUUGUCUAUGGCCAAAGAGAUUUUCUCCAUUGUGGGUGGCCUUGGAGUCUUCAUUGUGGCUGAAGCCAAGACGGUCUCAACUCGCGUCAUCCAUGAAUUUGAUGAGAUAUUGGCAAGGAUUGAUAAUAUGGUGCUGAAUCAAUGGAGUGAGUAUAAUGAUGGCGGCGCUUCGGCGUCGUUUCUGUUCAGGCUGAGAGAAGAGAGAAGACUGGAUGGUGAGGCUACCAAUGAUCGUGAACUGGGUGAUUGUACCGUCUGUCUCGACCAGCUAUCGGGCGCUAAGGAGCUAAUUGACAUGCCGUGUCACCAUGUCUUUCACGAAGCUUGCAUUUUGCGUUGGUUGGAGACCAAGAACUCAUGUCCCCUGUGCCGGCAAGUGCCUGAUACAGAACUCUUGCCAGGAUCUCCGCCGGCAAUUGCCUGA